CAAUGAUGCAAUGAAGAGGAGAUUCCUCUCUUUCCAUGGACAAGCUGUCAGUUGCCUGAGUGGAGAGAGUCUCUCUACGUGCAUGGAGACUCUCUCCGAAUUCAAUGCGAGUCUUGGAAUCUUUCAGAAGGAGAAGCAGAGCAGCAGCCUACUCUGCCUCUGCCGAGCGAAUAUGGCCGAAAAAUUAGUAUGUAUUUUGCAUGGACGGAGAAACCAAGUGAUUCUUUUUUAAGCAUUUCUGCUCUGCUUCUGUCUUUAAAUUCAAAUUGAAAAACACCCAUUCGAAGAAAUUGGACGAAGAGAUUUCGUUGCUAUUUGCCACCGCAGCAUCAGCUGAUUGAUACAGAGAUUUUGAGAUGGGGAAGGCGAUUAAGAUGGAGAGGUUGAAGACUGCAAAUGCGAGGCAAAACACAUUUUCAAAGCGCAAGAAUGGAAUUAUAAAGAAAGCUAGGGAGCUGUCGAUUCUGUGUGAUGUUGAUGUUCUUGUUCUCAUGUUUUCUCCUGCUGGAAAGCCGACCUUGUACGUUGGAGAAUACAGCAAUAUAAGCAUGGUCUUGGCAAGGUUCUCAGGAAUAAGUAUACGAGAAAGAGCCAGGAGGAAAUGCGAGGUCAUGGAAGUAAGACCUAAUUCAAGCUUUCUCAGGCAAAAAUAUGCAUGCAGUGUUGCGGUUAAAAUUAUCUACAGAUUUUUUGAUGAUACAAGUGGUUGUUUAUGCUUUCUGACCUGAUGAUUUGCUUGUGUGUAUCCUUUGAAUGAAAGGUUCUCAUGAAAAUGUUCAAAAGGUUGGGUCGGGACAUCGACAGUAAAGCACUUUCAGAUGAAAGCGAAAGAAAAGAGGAGUUGAAAAUUCAGCUACGCAUAUUACAAGCAAUGUCUGCUGAUGCAAAAUUUAGAUUGAGUUGUUGGGUUGCCCCUGAGAAAGUUGAUAGCUUGGUCCAGAUUGAACAAAUGGAAAAAUCUCUCGUGAAAUCUCUGGAGCAGCUUCAAAGCCACAAGGAACAACUCAUCCCUCAAUUACCUGAACAUCAUGCUUUAUGUGGACGCCCAAGUGAAAUCGCAACUCUUUAAUACUUGGCCGGUAUAUACACUGUUAGUUUUCAAUAGUUGGAAUCUAACUUCCAUGAAUGUUUCUAGACUUGGAAUUUUACAACCCAAGUUAUGAUUUUUAUUGCAAGGACCUGGUGUGUUGUUUGAAUUCCAUCAUGCUAGAUGUUGGAUCAAGAACAAUUUUUUCUUUCAAUAUGAACAGCUCUACCAUGAGUUUGUUUUGAAAAAUUUGCAGUAGAAACAGAUUGUAAUCCAAAUGGAUCAUGAUUUAUUUCAGCACAACUCCAUGGAUUAACAGUACAUUUAUGAGGUUUUAUCUACUGUUCUGUAUUUGAGAA